CGGGUUUGGAGUACCUUCACCAUGGUCAAUGACUACCACCUUCCAAGGCUGACGGUCGAGCAGGCCGAGACAGAGGUGGCCCUGGAAAUUCUUAAGGCCGGCUACUAUAGCGUACAGCUCCAACUCGCUCGGCUGGAAAGGGAGGAGGAGCUGAUUAGAGCUCGGACAUCGGCGGAGCAGGCAACUGCUGAUGUGCUACAGGCCACGAAGCAAGAGCAGAAGAAACUUGAAGCUGAGCUUGGCCAACUCUGGGUGGAUCUUGCUAGUUCUCAGGCCAAGGUUGCCGCUCAGUUCUCAUGAAUGCGAUCCUCAGAUCCCGGACGGCCCCCGGGAAGUCAGGGUGGACUUAUCCGCAGUUCUAUCAGCAGCCCAGACCACAUAUCUAUCCUCUGAGGAGUUCAAGAAGGCUGCUGAGGAGCACGGACUAGCUCAAGCGGGUGCCCUAUUCGAGAAGCGCCUGGAGCAGCUCCCCAAAGGCCCGGUUCGUCUUGAGGAGGGGGUGAAGCUGACCGAUUAAACUGAGGUCGGCAAGAAGUGGGUCGAUGCUCUGGCCAAGGAUACCUAUGUCUCUGGCUUCCAGCGGGUUAUGGAGGUCAUGAUGCCGAUCCUGGUGCGGUUUGUCAGUCGGCCGAUUGAGAUCAAGGAAUUCUAUGAGGACAGAGUUCUCCUGGCCCAGUUCGACAAAUACCAUCACAAUUUACAGAGGCAGCCCGAUCGGGCAGCAGGCAAGGAACCUGAGCCCCCAACUGAUGAUGAAGCUGACGAAGAAGCCAAUGAUGAGGUCGAAGAGCAGAAUGCUGGCCAGUAGUUAUUUCGAUAAUUUCUUUUGUGUAUUUGCCUGUCCUUUUUUUCUCUUUCACUCCUUAAUGUAUAUUCCGG